UGUUCUUCUUGCCCUAUAAAAUGCUUGAGUUGCUUAUGCAUAUUCCCGAAGCAAACUCUAAUCUAAUGCUUUUUCUUCUUAAUAAAUAUAGUACACUAUCCAAGUUAGCAAUUGGUUUUCACCUUUAUCUCUUUUUUCCUCUUCGAGUUUGUUUUUCCCCAUGUUGAAAGAGUGGUUUUCUGGGCUAAUAGACAUGUCGUUUAAGUGUAAAGUGGUGGUUUCUCUGUGGUUUUUUGCCAUGUUUGGUGCUUCUGGAAAUGGGGUUUUGAUUAGAGCCUUGAGGAAAGGUCUCUAUGCUUCAUUCACCUGCACUUUUGCAUUAGGUGGGGCAAUAGUUGGAACAAUUGUGGGAGCCAUGAAAGGCCAAACAACUGAAACUGGGUUCCUUCAUGGGGCUGGAAUAGGUGCAGUGGCAGGUGCCAUUACAGCUAUGCAGUUACUAGAAUCAGCAGCUGAUGGAGAGUCAUUGUCCAAGCUUGCUCUCUUAACUAGCUUAAUGAAUGGCAAGGUUUUCACGGAAUGGGUAAGUCCAGCAAUGCUCAAAGCCUAUCAGUGGCAAAUUAGCACAUUGGAAACUACUUACAGAGAGAUUUCUGAUGUAUAUGAUGUCAAUGGAGUUAAAGGGCUUUCCAGAGAUUCAAUUCUAAAGCUUCCUGAAUUUACAGUUGAUUCUAAAAUCAUGGUCCAAAUUUGCCAUGAGCUUUGCUGUUCAAUUUGCUUACAGGAUUUCUUGGAGGGUGAUUCUGCAAGAAAGCUUCCUAAUUGUGGACACUGUUUUCAUUUGGAAUGCAUAGAUAAAUGGGUAACUAGAAAUGGCACUUGCCCUGUGUGUAGAGAAAGUGUUUGUAAAGAAACAUAUUUGUAGU